UAUACUACAACCACUUCAAUUUAAAAACCGUACGCCAUACAACAACCACAGCAUGUUGUUGAUUUAAAAAGUGAGGUUAAUUAAUCUUCCUUUAAACUUGUAUGCAAGAUAAAAAUUGAAUAAUGAAAGAUUUCGAAUUAAUAAAACAAGGCGCCGAAGCUAGAAUAUACAAGGGGGUGUAUUUGGGUAAACCUACGCUCGUGAAGCAACGUUUCGAAAAGAAAUAUCGACAUCCCGAUUUAGAUAGCACCUUGACCAAAGAACGCAUUAAAGCUGAAAGUCGCGCAAUUGUACGAUGCAAAAGUGCGGGGAUCGAAACCCCUGCCUUGUAUCUCAUCAAUUUGAAGACUAGAAGUUUGUACUUGGAAUAUUUCGAACAUAGCAUCACAGCUAAGGACUUCAUUAAGGAAGCUUCGGAUGAACUCAUCGAGAAAGUAGCAAACGACAUAGGGGCAGUGUUAGCAAAGCUACAUGGGAAUAAUAUAAUUCAUGGCGACUUAACCACUUCAAAUAUUUUGUUGGUUAACAAAAGAGGCACUGACGAUUACACGGACUACUCGCAAGUGAAACUGGUUUUAAUCGAUUUUGGGUUAGCUCACAUCGAUUCUAGUCCCGAAGACAAAGGGGUCGACCUCUACGUUCUGGAAAGAGCGAUAAUAAGUAUUCAUAAUAAUCCCGAUCGUAUCUUUGGACUGAUUUUAAAGGCGUACCAAAAUGAGUACACAAGUGGUCACAUUGAAGUGUUGAAUAAGCUGGAUGAAGUGCGAUCAAGAGGUCGUAAAAGACUAGUUGUAGGCUAAAGUUUUAUGUAUUUCUCUUAUGUAAAUGAACAUUAAAGUGUAAAAUACG